AUGUAUAAAGAGUUUAUAGAAUGCAGUAACGAUGGAAAGGUGAAAUGGCUGGGCAAUUUGAAUGAUUUAAAAGCCUUUAUGUCCGCAUUAUUCGGCGAUGUCGGCAAGUGGAGUUCGCCCGGUGGCGGUGCUAAAUCAUAUCGGAAUGAUUUAAUAUCUAUUAACUGGUAUAUACACAAGAAAGCACUAAUCUUCCAUGAUCAACUAGGAAUUGUACUAAAGAACAAACUAACUGAUCUGAGUGUAAAUAAAAUAUCAGAUCCUGACGAAUACAAUCAAUUAAACGAUCCAGAAGGUGACAAAGAUUGCAUGGUAUUUGCAGUCGUUUCUCGUUAGAUAUGAUCGAAAUAAAGUCAGACCUCAAACAAAUGAGUACAUUAAUGAAACAUUUUUAUCACGAAUCUACUUCAGCCAAGCGCCGUUCCACCGAUCAUCUUUGUAGUGUAAAUACAUGUGAAGUGGGCAUUCAGACGGAUAUCGAAUUCACUCAAUAUCCUAACCAGAGCGGAGAGCGUUGUGCAAGCAGGUGUAAUGAAUUGUCGACUGAAUUCGAGGGCUUAAAACUCGAUUUGGUGAUCUCCGAGUCGAAGAUUGAUAACAAAAUUCGAAUCAAUGGCGAUGCAAUAAAUCAAGUUCAGGCAGAAUUCGCCAUUAUACAAAAUCAGCUCGGCGAAGUUGUUCAACAGGUCGAUCGUUUAGUUAACACAAACGAGAACAUCAACACCAAAAAUGCAAUAAUAAUAACAUUGCAGAAAGUAUUGUUAGAACGGCUAAUGAGAACAAUGGUCUUAUCAAUACCAUUGAAUCACUAUGCAAUGGGCUGA